ACGCUUUGAGGGAAAGGUUAUGAACUACUUUAAUAUACAAAAAUAAUUGUCGAUAGUUCUAGUAUUAGAUAAGACUAGACGACGCUAACACGAGAAGGGGUAGUAAUGGAAUAUUGAUGUUUGAAAAACGUAACAGAAUCGGAGAAUAAAAAAUGGGGUUAUUUGAUCGGUUAGCUAAUCUUCUAGGCCUAAGAAAGAAGGAAGUAAACGUUUUAGUAGUGGGGCUUAACAACAGUGGUAAGUCGACGGUCAUAAAUAAUUUCAAACACGAGGAUGACCGUUGCAUAGACAUAGUGCCCACGGUUGGGUUUAAUGUCGAAAAAUUCUCAUUCAAAAAUGUUAAUUUUACUGCAUUCGAUAUGUCGGGUCAUGAUCGUCACAGAUCCCUAUGGGAACAUUAUUACAAAGAAUGCCAUGGAAUCAUUUUUAUAAUUGACAGUAGCGAUAAAUUAAGAUUAGUUGUCGUAAAAGAGGAAUUAGAUAUGCUUCUUCAACAUCCCGAUAUAGCAGGACGUAAAUUACCAAUUCUUUUCUUGGCAAAUAAAAUGGAUUUACCUGAUUCAUUAACAACUGUUAAACUAGUCUCAGGCCUUGGACUCGAAAAAAUACAAAAUAAACCGUGGCAUAUACGUGCAACAAAUGCCGUUACUGGUGAAGGAUUACAACCAGCUAUAGAAUGGCUCACGGAUCAAAUCCGGGAUAUAUAUAUUAAUAAAAGACAAUAAGCGAACAUAUUAUCAUUCUUAAAUCAUGCUUAAAAUUUUAUCUGAAAAUUAAUUUUAUCUCAAAUUUUAAGCAUUGUUAUCUAAAAUAUUUAUGUUUUUUUAAUUGUUUUGAAUUUGAUAAGAGAGAAAACAACGUCCACGUUUUAACAGUAUUAGAUUAUAACAUAUUAGACGAAUCCGUCCAAUAGAGCUAAUAACAGGAUAUAGAAUAUUUAAUAUUUUAAUAUUUAAUAUUUACACUAUUUAAUUAUGCUUUAUUCUAUUAUACUAAACAACUAAAUAACAUUUUAGUAAUAUAUUUUAAUUUCAUAAUGUGUGUGUUAUCGCGCUCUUACUCUAGAUGGCGCAAUGUAUAAAAUCGAUUUAGUUAUCACUUGGUCACGUCUAACCUAGUAUUUCUAUAUAUAAAGCCUAGGAGAUUAUAUGUCUACGUAAAUACUAUCGUUGUAUUGACUUAUACAGUUUGUCGGAACGCACGUGAACCUACACACUUUAUUAAAUUAUUAUUUAUCUGCGCAAGUAACGACAAAGAAAUAAUAAAUAAAAUGAAUAAAAAAAGUUUA